GCUGAUUUGUGUAAAUCUUGUUUUUUUGUCUGUCCGGUUAGUGCAAGGAGCGGCCCAGGAAGAGAGCAGGAGAAGCUCAGGCGAACUUGCCGAUGCGGAUUGCGGCAGCAGUGGUUCGGUAACUGAUGCCGCUGUACCGAGUGAAGAUACCAGUGAGGGGCAUAGCAGUGACAGCAGCAGCAGCCAGUGUGCCGGUUCUGAUGGAGGUGGCAAAGAGGUGCCUGAAAUGUUCUCCAAGAGCUGCAAUGAUGAGAACAGCUUGUGCACCGACCAGAGCUCUCCCCGCGCCGUGCUGGACAUAUCGGUGUCCGGCAGCGUGGACUCUGACGAGAGCUCCUCCGUCGAGCAGCCGGCGGAGCCCAGCCGCAGCGUGCAGCCGCUGCAGUGGAGGAAUUUGAUCAGUGGGCUGAUACUCAGCAGGAAGAAGCUGAUGGCCAGGGCGGUGACGUUCCCUCAGCGGUCCAAGAGCACGGGGCUUAAAAGGUACCUGGGGAGGAUGCGGAGCGGCAAGAACCAGAUGGACUGCAGCGUAAUCGCCCCGGAGAUCUUCCCCGAGAUCGAGAAGUGGAGGCCAUCAUGGAGGAGCUUCGACUACGACGAGCUCUGCGCUGCAACUGACAGAUUCAGUUCAGAUAAUUUGAUCGGAAAGGGAGGGCACGCUGAGGUGUACAAAGGACAGCUUGCUGAUGGACAGUUUGUGGCGGUGAAAAGGUUAACAAAAGGCGGCAACAAGGAGGACAGGAUCAGCGAUUUCCUAUCCGAGCUUGGAAUAAUAGCGCACGUCAACCACCCAAACGCGGCACAGCUCUUGGGGUUCAGUGUGGAAGGGGGCUUGCACCUGGUUCUUCAGUUCUCACCACAUGGAAGCUUGGCUUCUCUUCUCCAUGGUGCAAAGGGAGCCCUCAAGUGGAAGGCCCGGUUCAAUAUCGCACUUGGAAUCGCUGAAGGGCUAUUUUAUCUACACGAAGGCUGCCAUCGGCACAUAAUUCACAGAGACAUCAAGGCUUCAAAUAUUCUUUUAACUGAAGAUUAUCAACCUCAGAUUUCAGAUUUUGGCCUUGCGAAGUGGCUUCCUGACAAAUGCACCCAUCAGGUUGUAUUCCCCAUUGAAGGCACAUUCGGUUAUAUGGCCCCAGAGUACUUCAUGCACGGGAUCAUAAAUGAGAAGACGGAUGUGUUUGCAUACGGAGUAUUGCUUCUUGAACUAGUGACAGGGCGGAAAGCCGUGGACUCUUCUAGACAGAGCCUGGUGAUAUGGGCAAAACCGCUGCUCGAGUCGAACAACAUGAAGGGGCUGGUGGAUCCUUCUCUUGAUGUUGGAUAUGACCCAGAAGAGAUGGCACUCACCCUGGCAGUGGCGUCCAUGUGCAUCCACCACAGCGCAAACUUGCGGCCUAGCAUGAAAUCGGUGGUCCGUUUCAUGAAGGGAGAUAGGGAAUCACUCGAACUGAUGGGAAAGCCUAGACCCACAAAGCCCCCAAUGUUCGACUCCUGUGAUUCAGAGGACUACACUCGCACGAGUUACCUCAAUGAUCUGGACAAGCACAAGCAGCUUGCGUUGGAGCAGUGAUCUUUUUAGCCGACUUUGGACAGAUUCGGCAUCUUUUUGUACAUCGUGACUAUCUUCAUUGUGAUCCUCCCGCUUUCCAGAGAUGUUUAUAGAGUGUAUGGAUAGAUGUGAGGGAUCAAUCUGUCGUUUGCCUCCCUGUCGCUGAUCUAAGGUGUCAUUCUUGGCUUCCAAUGGUCACUGUGUGCUGUGGUACUGUGACCUGUAUGGCCAGGGCCAAUGAUGUUGGCUGUAUGCCUGUAUGUCACAAUUCCUCAUAUGGGAACAUGCUUAGAGAUAGAAGAGUGGAAUGUAUUUUGGUCAUCUGCAGGGUUUAUUCA